AUGGCGAGAGACAAGGAUAAGCGCGUGCGUCGUGGCUCUGCAAGCGAAUCCAGCGAAGAUAGCGACAGCGAGGAUCGCGCCAGGCGCAGGCACGAGAAGCGGCGGCGGCGCGAUGGCGACGCGAGGUCGUCGAAGGAUAAAGACGUAUUGAAGGAGGCGAAGGGUGAAGGGCGUAGGAGAAAGGAAGGGAGGGAAGACAAGGACGAUUCUGAGGAACGAGAGGGGAGACAGACGGAGAAGAGAGAUUUCAAGAGGCGCGAUGAGGCGGAGGGAGAGCAGGAGGAGCGAGAGGGAAAGAGGGGGAAACGAGAGCGGAAGGGGGAGGGUCGGGGGAAGAAAGAGGAGAAGCGGGAACGAAAGAAGUCAAAGCGGAGAGAGCGGAGCAGCAGUUUGUCUUCAGAUGACGAUGACGAUGAUUCCACUCCCGAGGUUCGUACACCCAAUUCCGAGGUUCGUACACCCAAUCCCGAGGUUCGUACACCCAAUCCCGAUGUUGUGCGUGCACCCAAGCAAGAGAUACGUAUCAAACGAGCUCGUUGCAUCUUUCUUCUGCGCCCUAUUUACAAUCGUUCUCUCUUUUCUUCCUCCUCCUCAACUCUGCUCCCCAUACCCCACCUACCCCCUUCGCCCCUGCUCACCCCUCUCUCCGCUCCACCUUGCACUGCACACUCCCCUCUCUUCACUCUUCUGCCGCCCUCUGUCCACCUCUGCCGCCCUCUGUCCACCUCUGCCGCCCUCUGUCCACCUCUGCCGCCCUCUGUCCACCUCUGCCGCCCUCUGUCCACCUCUGCCGCCCUCUGUCCACCUCUGCCGCCCUCUGUCCACCUCUGCCGCCCUCUGUCCACCUCUGCCGCCCUCUGUCCACCUCUGCCGCCCUCUGUCCACCUCUGCCGCCCUCUGUCCACCUCUGCCGCCCUCUGUCCACCUCUGCCGCCCUCUGUCCACCUCUGCCGCCCUCUGUCCACCUCUGCCGCCCUCUGUCCACCUCUGCCGCCCUCUGUCCACCUCUGCCGCCCUCUGUCCACCUCUGCCGCCCUCUGUCCACCUCUGCCGCCCUCUGUCCACCUCUGCUGCCCUCUGUCCACCUCUGCCGCCCUCUGUCCACCUCUGCCGCCCUCUGUCCACCUCUGCCGCCCUCUGUCCACCUCUGCCGCCCUCUGUCCACCUCUGCCGCCCUCUGUCCACCUCUGCCGCCCUCUGUCCACCUCUGCCGCCCUCUGUCCACCUCUGCCGCCCUCUGUCCACCUCUGCCGCCCUCUGUCCACCUCUGCCGCCCUCUGUCCACCUCUGCCGCCCUCUGUCCACCUCUGCCGCCCUCUGUCCACCUCUGCCGCCCUCUGUCCACCUCUGCCGCCCUCUGUCCACCUCUGCCGCCCUCUGUCCACCUCUGCCGCCCUCUGUCCACCUCUGCCGCCCUCUGUCCACCUCUGCUGCCCUCUGUCCACCUCUGCCGCCCUCUGUCCACCUCUGCCGCCCUCUGUCCACCUCUGCCGCCCUCUGUCCACCUCUGCCGCCCUCUGUCCACCUCUGCCGCCCUCUGUCCACCUCUGCCGCCCUCUGUCCACCUCUGCCGCCCUCUGUCCACCUCUGCCGCCCUCUGUCCACCUCUGCCGCCCUCUGUCCACCUCUUUCCCGUCAUCGCACACCCCUUCUGUCGUUCUGUGUCCCUGUCGAUUCCUUCUCUUUUCCUCCUCCAGGUGCCCCAAAUUUCCGACUCAGACUAUUUCGCGCGCAACCCCGAGUUCUCCACCUGGCUGCCCCUUCUUCCCACCCACACCCCUUUCUGCACCCUUCUCUUCCCCUCUAUCCACUUCCCCUCUCCUCCAGGUGCCCCAAAUUUCCGACGCAGACUAUUUCUCCCGCAACCCCGAGUUCUCGACCUGGCUGCUACAAGCCAAGCGCCUCUUCUUCUCCUCGCUCUCCUCAGAGCAGACACACGCGCUCUUCUCCCUCUUCGUCCGCACCUGGAAUGCCGGCAAGCUUCCACCCAACUACUACGACGGAUCCAUCACUGCUGCUGCUGCCCCCCGCACCAACCACGACUGGGGUCUUGGGGGACGGGCAGGGGGAGCAGGGGGGGCGGGGGGAGCGGGCGCGGGGGGAGUGGGCGGAGGUGGGGGGUUAGGGGGGGCACAGGGAGGGAGAACGGGGGCCUGGGGAGCUGGGGGCAUCAGUGGAGGGAGAGGAGGCCGAGGCGGGUUGGAAGGGGGAGGGGAGGAGGAUGAGGAGGAGAGCAGGGCGGAGAGGAAAGCGAGGGAGAGGAUGGAGAGGAAGCGGGAGAGGGAGCGGCAGGCAAUGCGGGUGGAAGAAUUGGUUCCAAGGGAGACGGGGCGAGAGGCGGUGAUUGCGGAAAGAAUGGCCCGGCGCAGGGAGAGUGCGCGGGAGAGGGAGCAGAGCCCUGACAUGGGGAUGAGAGAGAAGGACGUGAUGGGCGGGGGGGAUGAUUUCCAAGCCAGGUGA